AUGGGUAGAGGGAGAGGAAAAGGGAAGAAACAAUCGGUUAUUGCCGCUCGUGAUGAUACUGGAAGUGGUGAGGAUGAGAAGAUAUUAUCUAGGAGAAGAGGAAGGCCACAAAAACCCUUGAAGGAUGAAAUUGAGGAAGCAGAUGAAGUCGAGAAGAUAGAAAACGAAGAAAACGUUCAGGAUUCAAAUAGUCCCGUUUUGAAUAGAAGUACAAAGAAUCAAGUUGCUACAGAGAAAGGCCGGAAAAGGCUAAGGCCUUCUCAAGUCAAGGAAAAUGCGGAUUUACUGAAAGAGGAAAAUGGCUUGGGAAUCAAAACUAAUGCUUCUGACUUGAUCAAGUCCGUUGGGUUCAGACCAAGUAGAAGCAGGAGGAAAAAUAAGCCUAGGCGGGCUGCUGAAGUCGGCGUUGAGUGCAAAUGA